AGUGGCGUCCGGAGCCUCAAGGCACCUGUGAGUUCGCGGAAGUCCUGCCAGACUCUAGCCCGGCCUAGCCCGGCCGGACCCUACCCAGUCCCCGCCCGGCCCGCCAUGGGCCCUCCGUGCCGCAGUCUCUCUGCUCUCCUGCUGCUGUUGCAGGUCUCAUCGUGGCUCUGCCAAGAGCCGGAGCCCUGCAAUCCUGGCUUUGGCGCCAAGAGCUACACGUUCACCGUGCCCCGGCGGCACUUGGAGAGAGGCCGAGUCCUGGGCCGAGUGAGUUUUGAAGGAUGCACCGGUCUGCCAAGGACGGUCUAUGUUUCUGAUGACACCCGAUUCAAAGUGGGCACCGACGGUGUGGUUACAGUCAAACGGCCAUUUCAGCUUCAUAACCCGGAGAUUAGUUUUCUCAUCCACGCCUGGGACUCCACCCGCAGGAAGCUGUCCACCAAGGUGACACUGAAGGCGGCCGCACACCACCAUCACCACCACCGCCAUCAGGACUCUCCCUCUGGCGCCCACACAGAAGUGCUCACGUUUCCCAGCUCCCACCAUGGUCUCAGAAGACAGAAAAGAGACUGGGUUAUCCCUCCCAUCAGCUGCCCAGAAAAUGAGAAAGGCCCGUUUCCUAAGGAUCUGGUUCAGAUCAAAUCUAACAGAGAAAAAGAAACCAAGGUUUUCUACAGCAUCACUGGUCAAGGAGCCGACACACCUCCCGUCGGUGUGUUUAUGAUUGAAAGAGAAACAGGGUGGCUAAAGGUGACGGAGCCUCUGGAUAGAGAAGCCAUUGCCAAGUACAUUCUCUACUCUCAUGCCGUGUCUUCCAACGGGCAAGCCAUCGAGGAGCCCAUGGAGAUUGUGAUCACCGUGACCGAUCAGAACGACAACAAGCCCGAGUUCACCCAGGAGGUCUUCAGGGGCUCCGUCAUGGAGGGCGCUCUUCCAGGGACCUCUGUGAUGCAGGUCACGGCCACGGACAAAGACGACGAUGUGAACACCUACAAUGCUGCCAUUGCUUACACCAUCCUCAGCCAGGAGCCUACCCUGCCUCACAACCAAAUGUUCACCAUCAACAGGGACACAGGAGUCAUCAGUGUGCUCACCACUGGGCUGGACCGGGAGAGUUUUCCCACGUACACCCUGGUGGUUCAGGCUGCAGACCUUCAAGGUGACGGCUUAAGCACGACUGCAACAGCCAUGAUCACGGUCACUGACAUCAACGACAACCCACCCAUCUUCAACCCAACCUCGUACCAGGGGUCGGUGCCGGAGAACGAGGCCAACGUGGCAAUCACCACACUCACGGUGACCGAUGGUGACGUCGCCAAUACCCCGGCGUGGGUGGCUGUUUACACAAUAUUAAAUGAUAACGAGAAGCAAUUUGUUGUCAUCACAGACCCAGUAACCAAUGAAGGCGUUUUGAAAACAGCUAAGGGCUUGGAUUUUGAAGCCAAGCAGCAGUACAUCCUGUAUGUGGCAGUGACUAACGUGGCCCCCUUUGAGGUCACCCUCUCUACUUCCACGGCCACUGUCACCGUGGACGUGAUAGAUGUGAAUGAGGCCCCCAUCUUCAUCCCUGCUCAGAAGAGGGUGGAAGUGCCUGAGGAUUUUGGCGUGGGCCUGGAGAUCACAUCCUACACUGCCCGGGAGCCAGACACGUUUAUGGAACAGAAGAUCACGUAUCGGAUUUGGAGGGAUGCUGCCAACUGGCUGGAGAUUAAUCCGGACACCGGUGCCAUUACCACUCGGGCCGAGCUGGACAGAGAGAACUUUGAGCACGUGAAGAACAGCACAUACACGGCCCUCAUUAUAGCCACUGACAAUGGUUCUCCACCCGCUACGGGCACAGGCACCCUUCUCCUGUUCCUCGACGAUGUGAAUGACAAUGGCCCCAUACCUGAACCCCGAAAUAUGGACUUCUGCCAGAGGAACCCACAGCCUCAUGUCAUCAACAUCAAUGAUCCAGAUCUUCCCCCCAACACUUCUCCCUUCACUGCAGAACUAACACAUGGGGCCAGUGCCAACUGGACCAUCGAGUUCAAUGACCGAGAACAUGAAUCUCUCAUUUUGAAGCCAAAGAAAACCCUCGAGUUUGGCGACUACAAGAUCAAUCUCAAGCUCACAGACAACCAGAACAAAGACCAGGUGACCACCUUAGAUGUGCACGUAUGCGACUGUGAGGGGGUGGCCAACAGCUGCCGGAAGGCCGGGCCUCUGGCCGAAGCAGGAUUGCAAGUUCCUGCCAUCCUGGGGAUUCUGGGAGGCAUCCUUGCUUUUCUGAUCCUGAUUCUGCUGCUCCUGCUCCUUAUUCGGAGGAGAAGGGUGGUCAAAGAGCCCUUGCUGCCCCCAGAAGAUGACACCCGGGACAACGUUUAUUACUAUGAUGAAGAAGGAGGUGGAGAAGAGGACCAGGACUUUGACUUGAGCCAGUUACACAGGGGCCUGGAUGCUCGGCCUGAAGUGACUCGUAAUGAUGUGGCACCAACCCUCCUGAGUAUGCCCCAGUAUCGGCCCCGCCCUGCCAAUCCUGAUGAAAUUGGAAACUUUAUUGAUGAAAACCUGAAGGCAGCUGAUAGUGACCCCACUGCCCCACCUUAUGACUCUCUGCUGGUGUUUGAUUACGAAGGCAGUGGUUCCGAAGCUGCUAGUCUGAGCUCCCUGAACUCCUCGGAGUCGGACCAAGACCAGGACUAUGACUACCUGAACGAGUGGGGCAAUCGCUUCAAGAAGCUGGCGGACAUGUACGGAGGCGGUGAGGACGACUAGGGGACUCCAGACCGAUGGCAGAGAUGGGUCCCUACGCUCAUGUGAUGGGAAAUGCAGGGACAAUGUUCCUGGCGGUUUUCCAGCUCCCCUCCCUUUCUGGAGAAGAGAUGCCGUGAUCUGUGAUGCAGUUAGGAUAGUUGUCAUUUCCACUUUCUAGAUCGAAUCUCUGUGUGUUAGAACGAUUUUGACUUGUUCCUUCAAUCUUUUUUUUCCUUUCAUCACUCUUUACAUGGUGAUGAUGUCCAAAAGCCCCCCAAAUUUUAGUAUUUCCAAAGGAUAGCUUCAGCCUCCGAAGGUUCUGCUGGUAACUUGCAGAUUUCCUUAAAAGGCCUUGGCUCAUUUUUAAAAGGAAGGGGUCCAUUUCCCUGUUGUAUAUAUGAGAAAUGAGUGUGCUUUUGUGCCUCCCAUCAUGUCAGCAGUGCCCCAUGUUCGAAUAUCCACCCUUACUCCUGAAUUCUAUUACAUUUCUCUGACACAGAAAUUAUCGGACCCUUUUAGGAAAAGAGGUUCAUGUCUUAGUCUGGCCACACACUGAGUGGGUAUUGUGUACUCUUUAACAGUUUGCCUUUUUCAUUUCCUGAGUACUUAACUUGAAAUGGUUACCUAUCCUAUUUACUUGUUCUGAGUAAGAGUAUUUGUUAAGUGACUGUUAUUCAUGGGGUACUCUGGUUCUAAGUAGGGAGACGAGACCAGAAAAGUUGAUGAGUUUUCAGGUGCCACUGAAAUGUAUCCCUAAAACAGAAGAGAGAGAGAUUCCGGGACUCACAAUAGUGCCUGAAGUACUGCAGCCAAAGACAGAAGAUGGCUUGUCACAGCAGAGGGGAAAGGUGAAAAGGGGGCUUGGAGAUGACAGGGGAAGAUUGUCCCUGAGCCUGGCAACUGAGCUGACUGAGGCCAAGGAUGGUUAAGGUCGCUCCAGCCCUGAAAAUUCUGAAGGAGGGAGGAAUCUGAACAUGUGUUUCCUACCUUGUCCUGUGGUUAGUACCCGAAGCACAGAAUCCCCAAGUGCCUGCUUUUGUUGAUGUCUGCAGAAAAUGCUAGCUGGUGGGGACACGUUUGCCCUCAAAUUCCCACUGUGUGUAAAAACUUGAAAAUAUUUUAAAAAUGCGAUUUCCCCCCUAGGAAAUGGAAGAAAAACACGCCCCAAAAGGUGUUAGCAAUGGGAGGCGGAGGUAGGGAGAACCUUAAUUUGGAUCUUCUUUUAGUUGAAAUACAACCUUCAAGAAUGUUUUCACAACCACAGACAAGAACUUUAAAUUGCCUCCCUAUCUCUCAACUGUUUUCAGAAGAAAAAGCCAUCCCUGCAAUCACCUCACGGGAAUUGUCUUGAUUUUUCAGCAGUUGAAACUCUAAUGUAGUUCUGUGUAGAGAAUGUCACUGUAGUUUUGCGAGUAUAUUGCGUGGGUGCUGAUAAUUUUGUAUUUUCUUUGGGAGUGGAAAAGAAAAACAAUUCACGCUGAAAAAAUUAUUCUUAAAUAUUCAUUUUUAUAAAUUUUAUUAAAGAAUUUUG